AUGGAUCGGAGAGAGGCAUUAGAGGCAGCCGUGGACAGGAGAAAACUCUUAUUGAAUCGUCUGAUCAAGAAACCGUUAUUGGAUGAAAUCGAUGAUGAUGAUGAUGAUGAUGAUGAUGAUGAUGAUGAGAAAGAGGAGGGAAUGAGUACCGUCGAAAAUCAGAAAACUGCAACACUGAGAGACAAGCCUUCAGGGUCAUCCAGCUUGUUCGUACCAUCAUUGUUACUCUCAAAUGUCAUGUCACUGGCCCCUAAAAUCGACGAGAUCCGCGAAAUCGUCUAUAAUGCAAAAUUUGAUCUUGUAUGUAUUACAGAGUCAUGGGUCAAAUAUCACAUCGAUAAUAACAGCCUCGCAAUCUCGGGCUAUAACAUUAUCCGUCAGGAUCGAACAGAGGCCGAACAUGGAGGAAUAUGCCUUUACGUCAAGGAAUCUGUUCGCUUCAAGAUCCUCGACGACAUGGCGGAUGAGAAUUUUGAGACUAUAUGGACUCAGUUGCGUCCCUUGCGUCUUCCCAGGGGCAUAACUUGUAUUAUUGUUGGUUUGGCUUACCAUUCUCCAAACGCAGCCGAUGGACCUAUAUUCGAUUAUUUGUACAACUGUUUAUCGAUAAUCGAAGCUCGUUUCCCCGGUUGUGGUACGAUACUGCUCGGCGAUUUCAAUAAAACCCUAGUGAAGAAAUCUUCUCGACUCAGCAAUGGUUUUAAACUAAAACAGCUCGUGAAUUUUCCAACUCGUGGUACUAACAUGCUAGAUCCUGUUUUUACCAAUUUAAGCGACUAUUAUGAUUCACCUAUUCAACGCCCUUCUGUUGGACUGUCUGACCACUUCUCGAUUGAGCUGCAGCCUUUGGAACGUUUCAAGCAACCCAACGCAAAGAUCAGUGUUACGUUUAGAGAUUUGUGUACCUCCAAUCGCCUAGCUAUGGGCACAUACCUUGAAGAGGUGGAUGUUAACACUCUGCUUGCCAGUGAGAAUACAUGCGAAGAGAAAGUUGAAAUGCUUGAGACGAUUGUUAAGACCGGCAUGGACAUUCUCGCCCCUUGGAAGGCUUAG